AUGGCUUCAUCAAGCUUUUCACCAGCUGCACCUCAAGUCUUCAAUGGAGAAGGCUACCACAUAUGGGUGGUCAAAAUGAAGACCUACCUGCAGGCUUUCGAUCUGUGGAAGGUGGUCAACUCAGAUGUUGAACCAGAGCCACUUAGAGGCAAUCUAACAGUGGCUCAGAUUAGGCAGCAUGCUGAUGAGAGGACCAAGAGGCACACGGCUAUGUCUUGUAUUCAGAACUCAGUGUCUGAUGUGAUCUUCACAAGGAUUAUGGCCUGUGAAUUACCAAAACAGGCCUGGGACAAGUUGCAGGAAGAGUUUCAAGGGACAGAAAGGACAAGGCAGCAACAGUUGUUGAACUUGAGAAGAGAUUUCGAGAAUUUGAAGAUGAAGGAAGAAGAAACUGUCAAGCAAUACUCUGAUAGGAUUAUGGCUGUGGUUAACAGCAUCAGGCUCCUUGGAGACCAGUUCAAUGAAGCUAGGAUAGUGGAGAAGGUUAUUGCAACUUUGCCUAAGAGGUAUGAGGCAAAAAUCUCAUCUCUCGAGGACUCAAGGGACCUAUCCAACAUCUCCCUGACAGAGUUGAUCAAUGCUCUAUAUGCUCAAGAGCAAAGGAGAGCAAGCACCAAAGAUUUUAUUAUUGUUUUAUAA